AUGUGGCGUCGAAUUGGUCUUGUGUGUGCGCUGCUAGGCGCCACUGCUAGCGCCUAUAGCAGCAGCAACUACCGAAUGAAGCCUGUCAAGGUUAUCCACGCCCGCAUCCAAGGGGACGCUCCUGUGUGGUACCCGCAGGUGGGCAGAUGGCUUUCCAAGUACGGAGACACGCCGGACGCUGCUUACAAGAACAACCUCGACACUGUCAACACGGCGUCCGUCGAAGGCGCUUUGAUGUACGUCCAGGCUGAAGGCAUCAACGUGAACGAGCAGUCGGUCAAGUGUCAGCGCAAGAACAACAUGCAGUACGUCGUGUUUUACGAAAUGACGAUCGUGCAGCCUACGCGUAGCAUCAAGUUCUACGAAAACCACACGCCCCCUGAGUAUGGUGACUUUGUUGCGAUGGACGGUGCCAAGUGCACGAACGCAGGCGCAGACUUACCCUUGAGCUGCAAAAGGUUCUAUGGCCUCGAUGGUAAUCCGAACAUCGGUGCCAACGUUGGGUGCAACCCGCAGGGGUCGGACCCGCGAGCACCUUACCCUGGCAACUACUGGUGCUCGUUCCCGAACUCGUGUGCUCAGAAAUAUCGGGCACAGAAGACUCCCGAGUGCAGAGGCCAGUUCUCUGGUGGCCUUUGCCCAAUGGGAGUCCAGCCUGACGGCGUGACGUGCACAUAUGGCUACAGGAUCCUGGGUUUCCUGAACAUCGACGACCUGGUUGGUAUUACCAGGAUGGGUCAUGCCACCUACAAGCAGUUUUGCGAGAACGGCGGCGUAGAGUUUAAGGCCAGGAAUACUGGUAGGGGGUUUGAGGUGGAGCAGAGCAUUGAGUUUUGGAAGAAUCCCGGUGAUCCGAACGCCAACUCGAACCGAGCUGCACAAAUGGUCGGUAUGUACAAUCACUUGGCCAGCAACGGCAUUAGCGCGAACAUGAUCCCGCUACCCAGUGUGGAGAGUCUCACUGCGACCAACCCAAAGUGCUACGAAAACAGCGCGGCGUGUGCGGGUGCGCGAUUCGGAUGCAGACGCUCGCUGUUGUCGCAGAUCUGUUCAGUGUGUCAUGCCGAGGGACCUGGCUGCGUGAAGGCUCCCGCGGGCUAUUCGUUCCCGAAUCUUUCGCUUCGUUAG